UCAUACACACGGAAGUGGAUAGGGACCACAACAUACAUACGCCAUUUUGACAAGUUAUUGAGAAAAGACGAUCGAAACUGGUGUUUUUGCACGCCAUCGGUAAAAGAUGGGUGCCUUAACCAGUAGAAACAAUGAUGGAGUAGAAGAAGUCGACUAUGCUUCAAACAAUGCAUAUCGCUAUCCUCCAAAAUUGGGUAACUAUUUUGGUACUCACUUCAUUAUGGGCGGAGAAAGAUUUGAUAUGAGUCAACCUGAGGCAUAUUUGUUUGGAGAAAAUUCUGACCUGAAUUUUCUUGGGAGUAAACCAAUACCUUUCCCAUAUCCUCCACCUACUGGCAAUGAGCCCACAAAGACACUGAAGAGCCUCGUCAACAUCAGGAAGGACUCACUCCGCUUUGUCAGAGUAGAGGAAGCUGAUGCUGCUCAACUGCCUGAGGAUGGGAAGACCCGAUCGGGCUGUAGAUACAACAUUGAGUUCACGUUUGACUGUGAUGUAAGAUGUGCUAUCACCAUCUACUACUUUGCCUCGGAGGAAAUCAGCAAUGGUCAACUCAUAUAUCGCCCACGGGAUCCAACAAUGAACUCGGAGACAUUCCACUACAAAAGAGGAGUCAACCAAGUCUUCUCUCAGCCCACUCACAUCAUUGACCCCAACAAGUUUGUGGAUGAUGAGUGGCUGUUUGACCCAGUGAAGGAGACGAUUCCUGUAGUGAUCCACGCUGUUGUAGAAGAUGAUGAUCACUCCAACCAUGCCCACAUGACAUUUGCUAUGGUGGAGAGAAGCUCUGUGGAUGGCAGUUACAUGAUCAAACCACUCAAACAGAAACAGUUCGUAGAUGGACUGCCUUAUCUGCUGCAAGAAAUUUAUGGAAUAGAGAACAAACAGACUGACCGCUCAAAGAUUGACCCUGAUGACGACCUUGAGGACAGUGGAGCAGAAUGUGUGAUCUGUAUGUCGGAUAUGAGGGACACGCUGAUCUUGCCAUGUCGUCACUUGUGUCUAUGUAGUACGUGUGCCGAGUCCCUCCGAUACCAAGCCAGCAGCUGUCCAAUCUGUCGUUCACCUUUCAGGGCCCUCCUCCAGAUCAGGGCCAUGAGGAAGAAGCAGUCCGUGCCCCUCCAUCAGACUGAAGGCAAUGAUGAGAACCCUGUCAGUCAGGAGGGUGUACCUCCAGGUUAUGAGGCUGUCUCUCUCAUUGAAGCCCUCAAUGGUCCUUGUAACCAGUUCUUCCCUGCUCCAGGUGAUGGGUUCCCUGUGUCUAUGAGGAUGAUGCAGCCAGGAGACUUGGACACUUACCACAGGGAAAAGAAACGGUCAUCAAAAAGGAAUGUGAUUGCAGUGGACUCGGCCAAAGACACUCAGCAGAAUGUGGUGUUCCGAGCAGACGACAAGAAGAUGCUGGAGGAAGAGGAACGAGAGACCCAAGACCAACCUCAGGUUGUCAUGAUGGCCCAAUCAGAGCAGGCCAAGUCUCCAAAGAAGAAGGAUCUCAAUAAACCCAUGUAUGAUGAAAGUUCAGACGAGAUGAAAGUGUCUAAAGAUGGUGACUCCCAGGAUAAAAAGGACCUACAGGUAUAUGACCUUGGGGAAUCCGAGGCCGACAGUGACUAUGAGCUGAAGCCUAUCCAGGUAAAGCAGAGUCACCUGUCUGCGGAGGACCUCGCUGACGAUGAGAGAGAAGAUAGUUCAGAGGCUGAACCAGAACCCGAUCCUGACUAUGACAAUGCCAUCAACAAUGAAACAGAAAGGAGCCAGGACGAGGAAAGUGGGGACGAAUGCACACCAUCAAGGGCUUCAAGUCAGCUAGAAGUGGGUCAUGCUAGGGACUACGAGGACCGAAGGGUGACGUACAUCAAAGGACUUAGUAGGAGUGCAAAUGAGGUGAACACAGACAGUGAUGGGUACACACCUCUCCAUGUGAGGAACAGUUUGUCCUUACCUGUAGCCUCCAGUAGUAGUACAGAGGUGUCUAGCUUUGGCAGUGCUAGCAGUUCCCAAGGACUUCUCCCCUCCGACUUAGUGUCUGACGAUGACAAACUUGAUCUGUGAUUCUAGAUACAUUAACUCUCUACUGUUAGCCAAAGAUGGGACUGUGGUUGUAGUUCAAAAUUUCUGUAAUUUAUGAUAAUCCUUGGUUUUAAACUUUGGUAUCUGUUUAAAGAAAUCAGAGUAGUCUAGUUCACCAGUUCCCUGUGUUGGGCAGGUGUUGUGGUUCACCAGUUCCCUGUGUUGGGCAGGUGUCAUGGUUCAACAGUUCCCUGUGUUGGGUAAGUGUUGUGGUUCACCAGUUCCCUGUGUUGGGAAGGUGUUAUUAUUCACAAGUUCCCUGUAUUGGGCAGGUGUCAUUGUUCGCCAGUUCCGUGUGUUGGUCAGGUGUCAUGGUUCACCAGUUCCCUGUGUUGGGCAGGUGUCAUGGUUCAACAG